AUGAACUUAAUACAUGCAUCUGACGAACUCCAAAUUCAAGAAAUACUUCAACAUUGCAAAACUUUCCUACUCGAAAAUCAUAGCGCAUGGCUUCAACAAAACUUACUUAAAGUGUCGAAACUGUUUUCAAAUAACAAACAAUUCACUGAGCUAUACGAUAAAGUGUUUCACAUCGAACCAGAAAAAAUUUUGACAUGUCCGGAAAUAGAGGUAUUGGAAGAAAGUGAAAUGAUUUCGCUUCUCAAACGAGGAUCCGAUCUUGAAUUGAAACAAGUGGAAAUUUGGAAUUCUAUGAUAAAAUGGGGUAUUUCGAAAGCUGGACAGUUGAAUAUUGAUAUUUCUGAAUGGACUACAGAAAAUUUUGGCGAAUUGAAAGAAUCUCUUAAAAAUUGUCUUUCGUUAAUUAAUUAUUUUAAGAUGUCAAGAGAUGAGUACGUUUUAAAAGUUGUUCCUUACGAACAGAUUCUUCCACAAAAGCUCAAAAAGCAACUUCUAGAAUUCCAUUUAAAUCAAGUGAAUAAUUUACCAAUUGAAAAUCUUCAGUUUCAAACAAUAUUGAAAUCACGAGAAGCACGUCUUAUUUCAUAUUGGAUAAAUCAAAAAGAUCCACAAUCUCGACCAAUAGAACAUCGAUUCAAUCUCAUAUUCAAGGCAAAUAGAGAUGGUUUCGCUAAUUCAAGAUUCCUUCAAAAAUGUGCCAAUAUUUACCCAACAAUAGUGCUAAUUAAUGUCCACGGAUCCAAAAGAAUAAUUGGUGGCUACAACCCCACAUACUGGGCCGAAGGACCCUUCUAUUCAAAAACACGAAAAACAUCAAACUGGAAUUGGAAAGUACCACUAUUCGGUCGUCGACAAUCCGAAGAUGAAAGCAAUCUUCCCUACCAAGAAAAUUAUUCCAUCGAAUGUAACGUCUCAAAAAACAGCUUUCUCUUUUCGUUUCCUGAAAAUGCCAUAAACCUCAUUCAGGAUUCGGUAAUUUCGCAUGUCGUCGAUGACGAUUUUUGGGAGUUUGCGGAGGAAUCUUUAUAUGGAAUAAGGUUUUGCAAUGAUUUGGUGAUUGGAGAUAACUGUAAUCAGAACAUAAACAGUUUUUAUCAGUGUCAAAGUUAUGAUGAGACUUUAGAUAAAGUUUUGGAAGGUGAACGUUUUUUGGUAGAUGAUUACGAAGUUUACCAUGUUGAGAGAAAGUAUUAG